CUAGCAAAUAACGCGUCACCAACGCGUCGUGUCUCCAGCGCCCAAGAUCUCUCCGCCACGAUGUUAAUCCCCAUCGACAUCCCUAUUUCCUCUAUAUCUAAUCAGAAGCUGUCCCCUGCCUUUGCCAAAGUAUCCCAUGACGAAACUGUCUUGAUUGAGCUGCAGGGCACUUUGGAUGUAGAGAGCAAUCAUGAAAGCGAGCGCAAUGGCAAGCCGGUUGGGAAACUGUCAAUUGACGAGGCUAUGAAAAAGCCUACUUUACGCAUUGGACAUCAUCACCUUGAAGGGAAGAUUGUUAACCUUCCUAAAGCCAUCGCCGUAAUACAGAAGUACUCGUCUCUUCAGAGCAAAGAGGAGGACAAAAUGGUCUGUGAUGAGGACACGAAUGUAGGCAACGAUUCUGGGGUUGGUUGGCGUGUUAUUGCUAUCGUCAAAAGGAAGAUUGUAUUUUCGAAACGGCCAAUGCCAAUUGUGGGGCGACCCAGUUGAAUUCAAGUACAGUAUCGUUCUCUAUAGUUCAUCUAAUUUGACCUGCUUUUUCCUUGCGAAACACAGAAAGGCAACAAAAAGAUUGAAAGGGAGACAAGCUAGUAUUACAAAAAACAAAUUGGGAUUAUGAAAAAGACUUGUUUGAAUUUUACAUUUUUCCAAGACAUGGCUAGUGAUGUAAAAU